UUUUAAACCCCAAAUUGAGGGCCAGGCGAUCCUUCACCCCGAAGCCUGGGGGUCUAGACUUGGCCUUUGCUUUCAGAGGCCUCGAGUCUGCCGGAGCCCUGGAAUGUAGAGAGACUCGAGCGGCGAGGGGACCCGGAACGAUUCUUUCGCGGAACCAUUGUGGCGAGGCCCCUCGGAGCGCGCGCAGGGGCGGACGGCGGCGGGCCGGGCCAGACGGGCAGGGAUGGCGGCGACGGCGAUGGGGGCGGCCGACGCGGGGCCGGGGGUCGCGGUCCCCGUGGAGCUGCGGCGCGAGCGGCGCAUGGUGUGCGUGGAGUACCCAGGCGUGGUGCGGGACGUGUCCAAGAUGCUGCGGACGCUGGGCGGCGAGGAGGGCGUUUCCCGGAUCUACGCGGACCCCACCAAGAGGCUGGAGCUGUACUUCCGGCCCAAGGACCCUUACUGCCACCCUGUGUGUGCCAACCGCUUUAGUACCAGCAGCCUGCUGCUCCGGGUCAGAAGGAAGACCAGGCGGCAGAGGGAGGUGCUGGGGCCUGAGCCCCACCCCGGGGCCAUGUUUGACAUAGAGAUACUUGGCAUCAUCUCUACCGUUUACAAGUUUCAAGGAAUGUCCGACUUCCAGUACUUGGCGGUGCACACGGACGCGGGUGGCAGGCACAUGUCCAUGUAUGACAAGGUGCUCAUGCUCAAACCUGAGAAGGAAAGUUUCUUCCACCAAGAGCUGCCGCUUUACAUCCCGCCCCCCAUCUUCUCUCGGCUGGACACCCCAGUGGACUAUUUCUAUCGGCCAGAGACACAGCACCGGGAAGGCUACAACAACCCCCCCGUCUCAGGCGAGAACCUCAUCGGCCUGAGCAGGGCCCGGCGCCCCCACAACGCCAUCUUUGUCAACUUUGAGGAGGACGAGGUGCCCACGCAGCCGCUGGAGGCCGCCGUCCAGACGUGGAGGAGGAUCUCCACCAACCCCACGGACCGCAAGGUGGAGGAGGAGCUGCGGAGGCUGUUUGAAAUCCGUCCUGUCUGGUCACGAAAUGCCGUCAAGGCCAAUAUCAGCAUCCACCCUGACAAGCUCAAGGUCUUGCUGCCCUUCAUGGCCUAUUACAUGAUAACAGGCCCCUGGAGAAGCCUGUGGAUUCGAUACGGGUAUGAUCCCCGAAAAAACCCAGAUGCCAAGAUUUAUCAAGUCCUUGAUUUCCGAAUCCGUUGUGGAAUGAAAUACGGUUACGCCCCGAGUGACAUGCCCGUCAAGGCCAAGCGCAGCACCUACAACUACAGCCUUCCCAUCACCGUCAAAAAGAUGCCCAGCCAGAUCGUCACCAUGCAUGACCUGAAGCAGGGCCUGGGUCCGUCGGGGACACCCGGCACACGGAAAGCGACCUCCAACAAGUACAAGCUCAAGGACUCGGUCUACAUCUUCCGGGAGGGGGCCUUGCCGCCUUAUCGACAGAUGUUCUACCAGUUGUGUGACUUGAACGUGGACGAGCUACAGAGGAUUAUUCACCGUAACGACGGGGCCGAGACCUGCUGCACGGAGCGCGAUGGCUGGUGCCUUCCCAAGACCAGCGAUGACUUGAGGGACACGAUGUCCCUCAUGAUCCGGCAGACCAUCCGCUCCAAGAGGCCUGGUGAGCGCUCGGGGUGCAGGGGGCCCCGCGCUGGGACAGGGCAAGGAUCCCUACAGGCCCCGUUUCCCAGUAAAUUACACCCCAGUGGAAUCAUCCCACCGGAAGCUGCAUCCCCCAGGCUGCCCGCCUCUCCCUGGAAGGGAGUCAGGCUGCUCAGCCCAGGGGGCUCAAGGCAGAAGAUGGGCCCAGAGGGCAGGGCUAGAGCCGGGCUGAAACCACCGCUUUGUGCCCUGACACCCCCCGCCGCCUCUUCCAGCCAUCUGGGGGUGCAUCCUGCCUGUCUCCUUGCACCAGGAGAGCAGGGGCAGCAGGUGUGGGGGACCAGCACCCCUGGCUGCUGGUGGUGGGAUGUGGGGAGUAGGGAACACUUGCUGGUCUGCGGGUCUGAUGAGGCGGGGGCGUGUGAGCGAGAGCAGCCCCAGAUUCCAGACCCCGCCGGACUCCCCGGAGCUGACGGGUGUAGGGACUCCCAGCCUUGUUCGGGACACAGCCCUGUCUGAGAAUCUGCUUGAGGCUGGACCCUUUCCCCAGAAAAACAACUCAGCACUCCUGCACACUCUCGGGGUCCCUUGGACCCAUGAAGCCACCCAGCCUCUGGGGACUUGGUUUUCAAAGCUGUUGGCUUCCAUGGCCCCCUGAAGUGCUUGUUAAAUUGUGGAGUGCCAGGCCCCCGGCCCUCUGUACUUCCCCAGGCAGCUGCUCCAGGGCCUGAGCCCAGACACCCGUCAUUGUAAACAGGCCACUAGCAGCCUGAUGGCUGGUCUGGACGUGCGGCUGUGUGGCACCUCUCUCGGGCUGAGGCCAGCAGUCGCUGGUCUGGGGGCCACCCAGGAAGCCUGUGCUGGGACACACACGGCCUUGUCUUCCGGCCCCAGCUCUCUUCUCCAGCCCGGCCAAGGCCGACAGGGGGAAAGAGCCCCUGACGUACGAGUCUGGGGAGGACGAGGAGGACGAGGAGGAGGAGGAG